AUGAGUACCCUUUCACAAUACUACGAAGACACCAGUGGAAGCGAUUGCGAAACUGUCUUUUUCGAUUUUGAAGAAGAGACUAAAGAGCAUCGCGCUUUGUUUGGCAAUAAAGAAACACAAGAAUUCACAGGACAAGUAGUUCAAAAUCAAGUAACACCAUUGGCACCUGUUCAGACUAGUCACCAGUUAGAAAAGGUAGUAGCACGCGAAUAUUUACGCGAGGAGUUGCCAAUCAACGAACAAAAAACAAAGCAAGGUCUGCCUAUUCGACAAACCUUACCAUUCGAAUCGUCAGUAUCACAAAAUCGUCUAGCAUUUGACGAUUUUGAACGCAAUAAAUUAUUUAAUGUAGGAGAAAAUGAAAAGGAAGAGGAAAAAGAGAAUCGAUCAGUGGAAUUACUACCAUCUUCAAAUAAUCAUCCAGUAGUUUCCAACGUUUUUACUCAAGAGAAUGCGCAAAUUGGAAGAGUACCAGCAUUAGUUACAUCGCGUUUAGCUUCACCUCUAAAUAGUCGUCGAGUAAUUCGCGAUUUCUUACUGAAUAAUGAUGAGGCUGCGAGAGAAACUGAAGAACUUCGAAUGUUCCUCGGUGAUGAAUACAGACCAUUCUCGUCAUCAACAUUAUUGUCAUCUAUGGCAGAAGUGCUUUUGGAGAGUGAAAAUAGUGAGGGAGACGAAGAAGCAAUUGACGGAGAUGAAGACGUCAUAGAAAAUGAGGAUGAUAAUGAUAUAGAAUUCUUGCGGCAACAGGCUGAAACUAUUGAUGCACCACCUGUGCCAAUACUUCCUAGACAAAAUGCAUUUAUUAUACUUACAUUGGACGAAGCAGUAACGUUGCUAAAGAUUGGCGCUUAG